AUGAAACUCGAUAUAUCACACAUGAGGUACCUCACCAAUGACGACUUCCGAGUUUUAAUAGCUGUGGAAUUGGGAUCUCGUAAUCAUGAGGUGGUCCCAACACCAAUGAUCCAUCAAAUCGGAGGGCUUCGUUCUCCGUCUACUACUAACAGAUCCAUCUCUGAUUUGGCCAAACUAAGCUUGAUUUCAAAGCUUCGAAAUGCCAAGUAUGAUGGUUACAGGCUGAGUUAUUUAGGAUUUGAUUAUCUGGCGCUGAAGAGCAUGCUGAAGAAAGGUUCCUUGUACUCUAUGGGUUCCCCAAUCGGUGUUGGUAAGGAGUCUGAUAUUUAUCUGGUUAGUGACCCUAAAGGAGUGGAAAAGGUUUUGAAAGUUCACAGACUGGGUAGGACUUCAUUCAAAACAGUAAAGAGAAACAGAGAUUAUUUAAAGAAUCGGCAGUCAUGUAACUGGAUGUAUCUUUCCAGACUAGCCGCUGAAAAGGAGUACAUGUUCAUGAGCAUCUUAUACUCCAAUGGAUUUUCAGUCCCCGAGCCUUUUGAUAGUUCCAGGCAUUGCAUAAUAAUGGAGUGGAUUAGGGGUGUUACAAUGAGAAGGCUGAGAACUCAUAAAGAUUACAAGAAGUUGUACUCUGAACUGAUGAGAUUUGCCGUGAACCUUGCCAACCACGGAUUAAUUCACUGUGAUUUCAACGAGUUCAAUGUCAUUAUUAGAGAUGAUCCGAAACCCGAUGAGCCUGGGUUUGUGGUCAUAGAUUUUCCUCAAUGUAUUUCCAUUGAACACCCCGAUGCUUCUUUCUACUUCAAGAGGGAUAUCGAAUGUAUAAGGAAGUUUUUUAGAAAGGUAUUCAAUUACGGUCCAACUUCUGACACUUCAAUGAUGGACGAGGAUGGCUUUGGUGAAGGUUUUAAAUAUGCUUACCCAGUAUUUGAGAGGGAUGUCAAACGUAUCAACAACUUGGAUGUGCUAGUGGAAGCUUCUGGUUUCAAGAAGAAUAAGAAAAAUUCUGACCUCGAGACAGCAGUUCAAGGAAUGCGAGAGUACACCUAUGAAGAGGAAGAAGGUGAAGGCUCAACUGAAGAAGAAUCUGACUACGAAGAUAGCCUUGAAUUUGAUGAUUCUAAAUCAGAAGGCGAACAAUCUGACCUUGCUGAGGAAAAUGAACGAAUUGUCCAAGCCCUCACAUCUGGUGUUGAAAACCUAAAGAUGGAUAAACUUGGUAAUUACAUAUUGGAUGAUUAG